GCAUUGCUCAGAUCCCCACAGCCCUCUCGCGUUCCCCUCCCCUCCCAGCUUUUAUAGGGCCGACAGCGGUGGCCACUGCAUUUAAAGAGUGCUGGAAUCCGUCGCGUUCAAACCCUCCGAGCCCUAAGAAAAUAGGGCGAAACAUCAAGCGACGCCGGCCACCCUUCAGAUACCAGGAUGCCGAACUGGGGAGGAGGAGCCAAAUGCGGUGCCUGUGAAAAGACGGUGUACCACGCGGAGGAAAUCCAGUGCAAUGGAAGGAGUUUUCACAAGACGUGCUUCCUCUGCAUGGCUUGCAGGAAAGCUCUGGACAGUACCACGGUGGCAGCUCACGAAUCUGAAAUCUACUGCAAAACUUGCUACGGGAGAAAAUACGGUCCCAAAGGCAUUGGCUUCGGACAAGGGGCAGGAUGUCUCAGCACUGACACUGGCGACCACCUGGGCUUGAAUCUGCAACAGGGGUCACCAAAGUCUGCUCGCCCUUCUACACCAACUAAUCCUUCCAAGUUUGCCAAAAAGAUAGUAGAUGUGGAUAAAUGUCCCCGUUGUGGCAAAUCAGUGUAUGCUGCAGAGAAGAUCAUGGGAGGAGGAAAACCUUGGCAUAAGACGUGCUUCCGCUGUGCCAUUUGCGGAAAGAGUUUAGAAUCUACAAAUGUUACAGACAAAGAUGGAGAGCUCUACUGUAAAGUUUGCUAUGCAAAAAACUUUGGUCCCAAAGGAAUUGGGUUUGGUGGCCUCACUCAAGCGGAGAAGAAAGAGUGUGAAUGAGAAGACGCAAUAGACUCAAACUGCUGUUGAUGCCACCAAGUGAUAGCUGUCGAGUAAAACAUUAAACUUAUCACAUAUUGCUAAGAACCUAGGGCAUUUGUUUAAUAUUUUCCACUUGUAGGAAAAGCUUGUGAGCAUAUAUCUUAAGAAAUCCUUAGAUUAGAUUUAAAAAGUACAGUAAUAAAACAAGAGUAAUGUUUGUUUUACAGUAAAUAAAGACAAAAAAAACCUCUUAUGGAACAUUACUGCUUCUUAAACUAGUAUUUACGUCCCUUGAGUCUGGAAUUCUAAAGACUCAGCAUACUGUCCCGCUAAGACAGAGGUACUUCAUGGAGCGCAAGGGUCAGAACGCUCCAAGCUAGGCCAUGCUUUCCUUUGUUCAGAAUGUAACGCCGUCUACAUUUCUACCAAACUCCUAAUGGAGCAUUGAAUGUUCUGACAUUUUGUGUUAUGGCAAAGUAGAUGUUAUUCACUUCGAGAAAAUUAAAAGGUAUUUGAAAUUCUUUCAAAGGGAGAGAUUUCUGAAGAAAAACAUUUUUGUAGAAUAGCGUUGUAGGUUUUGUUAUUGUAUGUUUUCAAGCUACAAUAAAGUACUGGUAUUGCUUCA